AUGGGCUGCGGGACGAGUAAAGUGCUGCCAGAGCCGCCCAGGAACUGCUACGUGGACUUUGUGAAGACGGUGGUGAACUGCAAGUCUAAGGUGUGUGAUGAGGGGCCACAGAAAGCGGAAUCCAAGGGACUGGGCAGUGGGCAGAGCGACGCCAGCUGUCCCGAGGGAGCAAGGAGAACCAAAGUGGCCAAGUACCGAGCCAAGUUUGACCCGAAAGUCACAGCAAGGUAUGACAUCAAGGCUCUUAUUGGAAGAGGAAGUUUCAGCAGGGUGGUGAGAGUUGAACACCGAGCCACCAAGCAGCCCUUUGCCAUCAAAAUGAUUGAAACCAAGGCUAAAGAAGGAAAAGAGGUUUGUGAGUCGGAGCUCAAUGUGCUUAGAAGAGUCAGCCACCACAACAUCAUCCAGCUGAUUGAGGUCUUCGAGACUCAAGAUCGUAUUUACAUGGUGAUGGAAUUGGCCACUGGUGGAGAACUUUUUGAUCGUGUCAUUGCCAAAGGAUCAUUUACAGAAAGAGAUGCCACGAGGGUACUGCAGAUGGUUCUGGAUGGAAUAAAAUACUUACACACCUUGGGGAUUACACAUAGAGAUUUGAAACCAGAAAAUCUACUUUACUAUCACCCGGGAUCAGAUUCCAAGAUCCUCGUCACCGAUUUUGGACUAGCCAAUUCUGGGAACAAAGGUGGAGAUUGGUCCAUGAGGACCACUUGUGGCACGCCAGAGUACAUUGCACCAGAGAUCCUGUUGAGAAAACCUUACACCAAUGCAGUCGAUAUGUGGGCUUUGGGUGUGAUCUCUUAUAUUUUGCUGAGCGGAACUAUGCCAUUUGAAGAUGAAAACCGGACAAGGCUUUACAGGAUGAUCCUCAAGUGCAAAUACAGUUAUGUAGGUGAGCCAUGGCCGAAUGUGUCUAACCUUGCCAAGGACUUCAUUGACCGGCUGAUCACAAUAGACCCUAAUGAGAGAAUGGCAGCUGCUCAAGCUUUGAAACAUCCAUGGGUUGUGACAAUGGCAGCAUCAUCUUCCAUGAAAAACCUUCACCGUUCGAUCUCCCAGAACUUGAUGAGGAGAACGUCUUCCCGCUGUCAAAGCUCAAAAUCAGCAGAGACCACCAAAUCCAGCCGCUCCAGCAAGUCACGCCGUUUGCGUGAGAAGGAAAUCCGGGAGUUUAACCUAUGGUACCAGCACCACAUGGAGCAGGAGUAG